ACAUCAGAGACAGUUAGUAAGGGCUUGAGGUAAGGAUGCACAGAGGCAUAACAGUCCCCAGAAGACACGUCUUUAAGGAACUACACACGUGCUUUGCUUCUUGAUGGCACAGGCUGUAAGCCACAGUGACCUACUCCUCUAGUCAAAGGAUUUUAAAGCAAGCAAACAGCCAGCACAAAUAAAUGAGGAAUCUACACUACUAGAGAUGACAGGCCAGCUCACUCUUACCUGUUACGGAGACCUUCUUGCCUAAGAGGUCUUAGAAGUCUCUGCCAUCAUCAACCUUGAAAUUGGCCAAAUUUCCAACCAUUUUGUGUCAUACAGGGCAUCUAAAAGUGUGCAAAUAAAUCAGUAGGGAUCUGGGACGGGAGGGGUCAGCCAAUUGGAGGAGAGAGAUGUGGACGCAGGAGCGGUGGGCGGCACUGGCAGUGUUGUCAAUAAUCUUGCUGCUGUCAAAGGUGGUGGCUCCAAUCGAAGUCCCACUGGACCCAAAGAUCCAGCAAGAGCUCAAACAGCCCCCCACCAUUGUGAAGCAGUCACUAAAGGACUACAUUGUGGACCCCAGAGAUAACAUCAUCAUUGAAUGCGAGGCUAAGGGGACUCCAGUGCCAACAUUUCUGUGGCGGAGGAAUGGGAAGUUCUUUAACGUGGGGAAGGACCCGCGGGUGACCAUGCGGAGUCGUUCCGGAACACUGGAGAUCAGAAGCAGCGGGAAACCGGAAGAUUAUGAAGGAGAGUACCAGUGCUUCGCCUCCAAUGACUUUGGCACAGCGAUUUCCAACAAAAUCCUACUACGAGUGUCAAAGUCUCCGCUGUGGCCGAAGGAGGUUCUGGAGCCGGUGGUUGUGCGUGAGGGCGAAUCACUCGUCCUGCCCUGCAACCCUCCUCCUGGUCUCCCCCCUCCUGAAACCUUCUGGAUGGACAGCUCCAUUAUGCCCAUAAUACAGGACAAGAGGGUGUCAAUGGGCUUGAACGGUGACUUGUUCUUCUCCAAUGUUCUGGCUAAAGAUGCCAACACUGACUACAGCUGCAACGCUCGCUUCGAGUUCACACACACCAUUCAACAAAAGAACCCAUACACCCUUAAAGUGCUAACAAAGGAACCAUAUAAUGACACGUUUAUCAACUCCACUGAUCUGUAUGGUGCACGUAAUGUACCAGAAACCCAGCCCACCUUUCUGUCUCCAAAGGGCUUGUCCAGCUCUAAGAUAGUGCUCCGAGGUGAACAGCUUCUUCUGGAGUGUAUAGCAGCUGGAGUCCCAUCUCCUAACAUUAAUUGGAAUAAAAAAGGAGCAGAACUCCCGUCCAAAAAAGUCAAGAUUGAGAACUUUGGUAAAACUCUACGCCUCCUCAAUGUGUCUGAGGAGGACUCUGGUGACUAUGUCUGCAUGGCCAGCAACAAAAUGGGCAGCAUUCGCCAUUCUGUUGAAGUCCAGGUCAAAGCUGCUCCCUAUUGGCUAGAUAAGCCCACCAAUCUGGUGCUUGCCCCUGAUGAGAAUGGACGAUUAGUGUGUCGUGCCAGAGGGAACCCUAAACCCACUGUUCAAUGGCUGGUGAAUGGGGAACCUAUUGAAAGUUCACUGCCAAACCCAAACCGGCAAGUUCUUGGUGAUACAAUCCUGUUCCAUUCAGUCCAGAUAGGCAGCAGCGCAGUUUACCAAUGUAAUGCCUCCAAUGAACAUGGUUAUCUACUGGCCAAUGCGUUUGUCAACAUCCUGGACAUGGCACCACGGAUGCUAGGUCCAAAGAACCAGCUGAUCAAAGUCAUUGAAAACAACAGGACCUUCCUUGACUGCCCUUUCUUUGGCUCACCGCUCCCUUUACUGCGCUGGUUUAAGAAUGGCCUAGGCAGUGGUCUGGAUGGUGGUCACUACAAGUUGUACUACAACGGUACUUUGGAGAUUAAACAAGCCCGGCCAGAAGACCAAGGCACCUACACUUGUGUUGCCAGUAACAUUCUGGGCAAGAUGGAGAAUCAGGUGCGCCUGGAGGUUAAAGAGCCCACAAGAAUAGUGCGGGCACCUGAACAUGUCACACAGGCCAAAGGAACCACGGUUCGAUUUGAUUGUCGAGUUAAACAUGAUCCUUCCCUUCCUGUUACGGUCACAUGGCUAAAAGAUGACAAGCCUCUAAGCUUUACCUGGAUUGGCCGGUUCAGAAAGGAUGAUGAGAUCUUGACUAUUUCCAAUGUCAAUCCAGAAGAUGCAGGAACCUAUACAUGCACUGCCAAAACUGAGAUAGAUGAGCACUCUGCCUCAGCUCGCCUUACAGUUAUAGAGAAUGGCCUCUCGUCUGCCUCAAAUCGUAGUGCCUCUGCAGGUCGACCCGACCCCCCUCAGGAUCUUGAGCUCUCGGACCCUUCAGCACGUAGUGUUAGACUCACCUGGGUGCCUGGGAAUGAAAACAAUAGUCCUGUUACGCAGUUCCUUGUUCAGUUUGAAGAGGACAGAUGGGAGCCGGGGAAGUGGCAGAACCUGUCUAUAUUUGAUGGUAACCUAAACUCAGUUAACCUGCAACUGUCACCCUUUGUCAACUACCAGUUCAGAGUGAUUGCAAUCAAUGCUGUGGGCCAGAGUCAACCCAGCCUUCCCUCUGCACGCUAUCAGACCAGCGGAGCCUCUCCUGAUGUUGUGCCGAGUGGUCUUGAAGGCUGGGGAAGCAAGAAGAACAACAUGGAGAUAACAUGGCAGGCACUUAAGAACACAGAAAGGAAUGGGCCAAACCUGCGAUACAUGGUCUCAUGGAGAAGGAAGGACACUGAGGAAGAAUGGAAUAACAUAACCACAACCAGAACAAAGCACAUUAUUCAUAAUACAGACACCUAUGUCCCGUAUGAGAUCAAAAUACAGGCCAUCAAUGACUUUGGACACAGCCCUGAGUCAAACAUAGUCAUUGGUUACUCUGGGGAAGAUAAACCAUCCGCUGCACCAACAGAACUCAGGGUGUCGAAGAUCAAUAGCACCAAAGUAAAUGUUCACUGGGUGCCUGUGGACCCCAGCACUGUGAACGGAGAGUUUAAAGAGUACAAAUUGUACUACUGGCGGGAGGCCAGCCUCAUUAAGGGCCUGAAAGUGAACAAGACAAAGUUGCAUAAAGGCUUCUUCACCACGGCAGAACAGCCCUCUGGCAUCCUGACAGAGCUUUUUCCAUAUAGCAAAUAUAAGAUGUACAUGGUGGUGGCUAAUAGAGAAUAUGAGGGACCACAAAGCAACCCUGUGGAGUUCUACACCAAGGAGGGAGAGCCAGGGGCUCCAAAGUACUUUAGGAUUCAGAGGCACACAGACGUGGUUCACCUGAAGUGGGACAAGCCCCUUGAGCCGAACGGUGUCCUGAUAGGAUACACACUUCAAUACCACACAGUGAACGGGACACAGGCGGGAGAGAGGAAGGCCCAGAGUUUUCCACCCAACGUGACAGAGUACAUCAUGAAUCUGCCUAACCGCUUCACACGGUUCAAGUUCUACCUUGCAGCUCGUACUCAGGUUGGAGCAGGAGAAGUGUACGCCGUGGAGUCACCACAUUUCGCUAAUGAAGGCACCCCAGAUACUGACUCUACAGUUGUAGCCGUUAACUUUACGGAUGCCUUGAUGUUCGAAACUCCUCCUCCUCCCCCUCCCCUCUCCACUGACCCAGUCCCAACAAUACUUACCCCAGAACCAGCCACACCAGCCCCUACAACUGCUGCUCCGCCCAAACCUACUACCACUACCACUACUACUUCUACUACAACCACCACAACUACUACAACUACCACAACUACUACCACCACUACAACAACAGCUUCCACCACGGUUCUUCCUGUUCGGCCCAUGUCUCCUAAAACAGUGGAUUGGAAAAUGCUGGCCCCGAAUGUAAAGAUCUGGAAUCUGACCGUGGAUGCUAACAAUGACUAUGCUAACGUCAGCUGGAAGCACAACUUCUCCGUUGACAGCAGCGAGUUUGUGCUAGAGUUCACACUGGACAGUAAUGCGUCGAUGAAAAGCAUACAAGUAAACCACCAGCCUCCCAUUAAGCUGGCUGGGCUGGUGGCCGGGGCCAAGUAUCGGUUGCGGGUGUAUUCCCAUGAGCACAACUCCAUCAGCAGCGACUAUGUCACGUUCGAGACAGGCAGAGCCUACAAGGAGCAGGAAGACAUUGCUACUCAGGGCUGGUUCAUUGGGCUGAUGUGUGCCGUCGCUCUAUUGGUUCUCAUCCUGCUCAUUGUUUGUUUCAUCAAGAGGAGUCGUGGAGGAAAAUAUCCAGUGAGAGACAAGAAAGACCUCCCCUUAGAUUCUGUUGACCAUAAAGACCACGAUGGUUCAUUUGACUAUCACAGUGACGAAGACAACAAGCCAUUGCAAGGCAGCCAAACAUCCCUGGACGGGAACGUAAAAGAGAGCGACGACAGUCUGGUGGAUUAUGGUGAAGGAGGUGAUGGCCAGUUCAACGAGGACGGCUCUUUCAUAGGCCAGUACACAGUUAAGAAGGACAAAGAGGAGACCGAAGGAAAUGAGAGCUCUGAAGCCACGUCACCGGUUAAUGCCAUCUACUCUCUGGCAUAGCACCCUGACCUAAGCACAGCGCCCCCAGCGGGCCGGAGGGUGCCACUACAUGCGUAAAAAUACACACACACACAUAUAUAUAUAUAUAUAUAUAUAUAUAUAUAUAUAUACAGAGAGAAUUACAAGUAUUCACAUACAACGCACUGGAGUGCAUGAUCCUUCUAAACAAGGGAUGGGGAAAGGCAGGUGAGCCAAAAACAGUGUUCAGAAACCUUUCUUUAAGGUGUCCCCAUGCCCCACACAGACUUUAGUGUGCCUUUAGGGCGAGGGGGCAGACUUUCGAGCUUUUCAUGUGGCUUAUGCUCUUCUUUUUUUAUUUUGUAAAUCUUUAAUCUGCCCCUUCCUCCUCCUCCUAACUGUAGCUAGCAUCAAAGAAACGGAGAGACAAGCACCAGACCUGUGACAUAUCAACUGUGGGUCGACUCAACUGCAGAACGUCUGCAAAUACGUUUAUCAUAUUGAUAUUUCUGCAGUGAAUGAUCCUUUUUUUUCUCCACCGCAAAUAGAUGCAUCCAAAAACAUGAAUUCUCUAGACAGUGCUGGCACGGUUUGAUGUGCUUUAUAAAACUAUGCACUAUGUAUCAACAUUAUCGUGCUUUUGGGUUAAAAUUGGACGUUAGAAUUUCAUGUUUUCUUUUUUAUGUUGACUUUCGCAAAACAAAAAAAGUAACAUCCAGUCCUGACUGUAUACAGUACGCGACAGGACUGAUAUCAUUUGCCAUUGCUCUGUUAAUAUAUUUUUACUGGCUGCAACUAUAAAACGCCACCAAUAUUUAUCGGCCGAGGUUAGAUGGCAUCACUUGUAAAUGAAGAAAAAAAGACAAUAUUUUGAAGCAUGGUAGUAUUUUAGCGCAAAGGACAAUGGAGAGGUUGUAAUAUGAAGAGUUAAAUACGCAAUGAUAUAUUCCUUUUUUUAUAAGACUUGAUUUAUAUAGUCCUCAAAAGAGAAUGAUGAUGAUGAAAUGAUCACGUUUGUUUGUUUUUUAAAUCAGCUUGGUGAAGAUUUUGGUGUCAGAAUAAGUUUCUUCAAGGAGUCUAAAAAUGUUUGGGGUGCAUCAAUACAUAAGUGGUUGUCAUAUGAGGAUUUCUAGACAUGAAUAACUCAACAUAGACAUACCGAGUCAGUAAAGAGAAGUGGAUAUAUCGUUUGGGGUUGAUCCAGUGUUGAUUCUCUUUGUCGGGAGAGCAGCUGAGACACUGCCCUGAAGACAUGCCACUGUAACUAGUGCCGCUCUCUACCUGUGCUCUCAUACUACUACAAUUACUUCAUCUUCUGCACUACUAUGGUUCAAAAGUCUAAAAGGAUCUGCGAUUUUUAAAAUUUGCACCUGGAAAGGUGAUGAUUUUGAAUGAUUUUGAAAAAUUGAAAACUAAAAAUUUAGAUAUUUAAAGAUAUCAGAGUUGACAAUGUUAGGGGUAUAUAUAUAAAUUAUUUAUUCAUGCUCAUUAUUAUUAUUCUUAUUAAAUCAUGUGCCAUUUUGUAAUCAGCUCUCAAUAGACAAAAUCACAUUGGGGAAAAAGACGAUCGCAGAUUCUGUUUCAUGCCAACUUUAGGAUUGAAUUAAAUAAGGAACUGAAUCAUUUGAAACAUUGAGUCUGUUGUGACUCCUUACAGAUGGUCAGAUGUUUUCCUUCCACAUUCUAAGAACUUCUGUCUUUGUAUGCUUUAAAAUCAUCCUGCUUUUACACAAAUUUGUUGAGUUUAUGCAGCUUCAUUUCUGCUGUCAUUAAAGCAAAAGGGCGAAAAACCACACAUUUUACUAGUGAUCUCAAACUUUUGGACCCCUCUACAUAUUUAUCUUGAUUUUAUUUAUAAAAAUAAUAGGGACUAAUAUAUUAAUAAUUUAUUGACGACUGCACAACAGCUAUUUGGAGUCUGAGCUGUGAUGUUGAAAUCUUCUGUGUGUAAUGUAGAUGAAAACAUACUUCAGAGAUCAAGGACCAUGUUUAUGGCGAUGUAAAAUAGUGAAAAGUGACGUCACUGUUGAAAGGAGUAUGUCUUAUUUGUUAAUUGUGCUGCUCUUUUUAGUAUUAAUGUCGUAUCACUGCUAUGGUGUUAAUAUUUUAGAAUUUAUUUAAUGUCAUUUCUACAUAACAUGAAAUGGAAAUAUUGUGUAUUUAUUUUUCUCAAAUAAGGCCUCGAUCAUGAUGUAAAUAUACUUUUUUUUUUUUUUUUUUUUUUGAGCAGGUUUACUGUUACAAUAAGGAAAAAAUACAAAUUAUUUUGGUGCAUCCCAAAAUGCAAGACUCCAUGCACAGGUUUGGAUUUGGGCUCAGCCGGUGAUCUUGGGUAAUUUGAAUGAGACUUGUUUUUGUGUCCUGUCAUUCAAACGUGACACAUUCCUUCACUCGCGUCCCAAUUUCACCCGGCUGAUACCAUUACCGAUGAUGUAAAUAGCAAAUGCUGUAGAGCUGUACCAUUGUAGCAUUCUGCACUGAGGAUGAUAACUUUUUUGUAAACAUUUGAAUUGUGUUAUGCAAGAGAAAAUGGUUUGUCUGUUCAUGUAUUACUUCACCACUGGCUCCCAUAAUGCCUUUCACCCGUGACACAGCCCUGCUGAUCAUGCUCUUUGAAAGGGCUGAAUAUCAGGUCAUAACUCCCUGAUAGGGAUGCGUUGUCAUAUACAAUGCCUUCGCAGUAAAGAAAUACGUGUUAAUGAAAUUCCUUGGAUCCAUCGGAUCUGCUUUCUCUCCAGUACCUCAAAGCAAUACUGUCCUCGUUUGCCUUUCACUCUUCUGUUUUCUGCACAGUAGGCCUAGUCUACCAGCUUUUGUAGUGACUUACAUGCACAGACAACUCUUUAGAUCACACGUGAUGUUGUUGUAGCUUUGUGAGUCACACGGUUUAACAUCAAGGCAAUUCAGAGUCGGCUUAAAACUAUUUUGUCCAACCUUGCCUUGAACUUCUGCAGCCACUUUUAUUGUUCCCCUGUCCAUGAGUUGUUGUGGACUGGCGAUGUUCAAAAAUAUAUACAACUAUAUAUUUGUUGGUAUAUUGCUUAUUCUGUCUUUCUCCCAAUGUCAGAUCAUCUGUGUACUUAUUAACUGGUAACAUGCAUAAAUUAGUUACCAUAAAACAAAGAGUACAAUAAUUGCCACAGCUAUUCUCAUGACACGUUUGAUUUUUUCAAAACCAUACAUGUUGAUUAUUAUUAUCAUCCUUAUUGUAUUUUUAGCCAUUUGUGCAUCGGAGCAGCUUUUUAAAUUGCUGAUCAUGCUGGUUAACCGUGUUUUUUGUUUUUUUUCUGUAAAUUUGGCCAAGGAAAUGGUCAAUCAUUAUUGUUCAACAUGUAUGCGUGUAUGACGAGAUGCUGCAACUUAAUCUGCUCGAGAAGCCUUUCUUUAUAGUAAAGCUGUCAUUUUCUCAACCUUC